UGGUGCUUUUGAUCGUGUGUCCUGUUACUGAGACGCGUCCUGGUCCCUCACUGACCUGAAGGAUCCCACAGACUCCCGGCUCAUUCCCGGAGUGUUAGCAUCGCUGCUAACUCUGUGACUGGCUUCCAUCAGCACACUGAGAUUCAGAAUGCAGCUGUGGUAAAGGCUUGACUUUUGCAAGAUGCUGGUGCUGUUUGUGCUGAUGAUGGUUGCACUAUGCGAGAGUCAGGCCUGCUCAGGCUCGGGAAACUGCUCGCAGUUUAUCAACGCCUCCAAGGACUGGUGCUAUACAGCGAGAAUCCGCAGCACUGUGCUGCAGGGACUUCCGUUCGGAGGAGUUCCCACCGUCCUCGCCCUCGACUUCAUGUUCUUCCUGGGGCUGCUUUUUGUGUUUUCUUUCCUGAGGAAAGUAGCGUGGGAUUAUGGGCGCCUGGCGCUGGUCUCGGAUGCAGACAGGCAGGAUCAGCGAUACCGGCGUCUGGACGAGAGAGAAUACAUGCGUUUUGUGGACUUGGCAAAUGCACCGAAUGCCUCUCAGAGUCAGGCUGCUUGCAGGGAGAGCGUGGCCUCGGCAUUGCAGACGCCGGUCGAUUCCCGUUACGAACGAUUGACUUCGGUUUCCAGUUCCAUCGACUUUGACCAAAGAGACAGCGGUUUCUGUUCUUGGCUAACAGCCAUCUUCAGGAUCAAAGAUGAUGAGAUCAGGGAGAAAUGUGGUGAGGAUGCAGUGCACUACCUCUCAUUCCAACGCCACAUCAUAGGUCUGCUGGUGGUGGUGGGCGUGCUGUCAGUGGGGAUUAUCCUGCCAGUCAACUUCUCAGGAGACCUUCUGGCAACCAUCUUUUCUGAUCAUAAUGCAUACAGUUUUGGAAGAACAACAAUAGCCAACUUAAACUCCGGGAACAACUUGCUAUGGCUGCACACUAUCUUUGCAUUCCUUUACCUGUUAUUUACAGUCUACAGCAUGAGGCGACACACCUCCAAGAUGCACUACAAGGAGGAUGAUUUGGUGAAACGCACUUUAUUUAUUCAUGGCAUUAACAGAUAUGCAGAAGAAAGUCAGAUUAAGCUGCACUUUGAGCAAGCGUAUGAAAACUGUAUUGUGCUUGAAGCUCGCAUUUGUUAUGAUGUGGCCAAACUCAUGGCUCUGGACUCUGAAAGAAAGAAGACGGAACGCAGCAGGAAGUUCUACACUGACUUAUUUAACAAGGAACACAUACACACUAUGAUCAACCCCAAACCAUGUGGCCACCUCUGCUGCUGCAUCAUAAAGGGCUGUGAGCAGAGGGAAGCAAUUAACUACUACACUGAACUGGAGGCCAAACUGAGAGAGGAUUAUAAGAAGGAGAGAGAGAAGGUCAGCACUAAGCCACUGGACAUGGCCUUCGUCACCUUCCAGAAUGAAGCCAUGACUGCACUGAUUCUCAAGGACUUUAACGCGUGUAAGUUUCAUGGCUGUCAGUGUCGCCGCGAGCCCAAAUCCUCACCGUUCAGCAGCAUCCUACAUACACACAACUGGUCAGUCUCCUACGCUCCUGAUCCACAGAACGUCUACUGGGAGCACUUAUCCAUAGGUGGUGCAUACUGGUGGCUACGCUGCUUAAUCAUCAACUGUUUUCUCUUCAUUCUGCUCUUCUUUCUCACCACUCCCGCCAUCAUCAUAUCCACCAUGGACAAGUUUAACGUUACAAAGCCAGUGGAGUACCUGAACAAUCCCAUAAUCACCCAGUUCUUCCCCACUCUGCUCUUGUGGAGCUUCUCGGCCCUGCUGCCCACCAUCGUGUACUACUCUGCUUUCUUUGAGGCACACUGGACACGUUCCGGGGAGAACAGAACCACAAUGCACAAGUGCUACACCUUCCUCAUCUUUAUGGUCCUGCUACUGCCAUCUCUGGGCCUCAGCAGUUUGGAUGUGUUUUUUCGCUGGCUCUUUGACAAGAUGUUCCUGGCCAACGCUACAGUGAGAUUCGAGUGUGUAUUUCUUCCAGACAACGGGGCUUUCUUUGUUAACUAUGUCAUUGCCUCUGCCUUUAUUGGUAAUGCCAUGGAUCUGUUGCGCAUUCCGGGUCUGCUCAUGUACAUGAUACGCCUGUGCCUGGCUCGCUCUGCAGCCGAGAGACGCAACGUUAAAAAGCAUCAAGCGUACGAGUUCCAGUUUGGCGCAGCGUAUGCCUGGCUGAUGAACGUCUUCACCGUAGUCAUGACUUACAGCAUCACCUGUCCGAUCAUCGUUCCCUUCGGUUUGAUGUACAUGUUAUUAAAGCACCUAGUGGACAGGUAUAAUAUGUACUAUGCCUACCUGCCGUCCAAACUGGAUAAGAAGAUCCACUCUGGAGCUGUGAACCAGGUGGUGGCUGCACCCAUCCUGUGCCUCUUUUGGUUGCUCUUCUUCUCCACUGUACGCACAGGGUUCCUUGCUGCCACCUCAAUGUUUACAUUUGUGGUUCUGAUCAUCACCAUUAUAGUUUGCGUAUCUCACGUUGUCUUCGGACAUUUUAAGUACCUGAGCGCACACAAUUACAAGGUUGACUCUCAUGACGUGGAUGCAGCAGAGAAUGGACAGCUGCCUGGAACCUCCCCACCCACCAAAUCUGCGCAGAUGUACAUUGCGCAGGUUCUGCAGGAGCAGAGCCUGGACGAGACAGGUUCCGGGAGCGGUUCACUUCAAGAUGAUGAGCUCAUUGCAGGUUCUGUUGUCAAUGAAGGGGAUUUCCAGUCAGGAGAGGACAGUCUCAUUGACAACGAGGUGCACCAGUGAGGCGCACUCCGGUUAAAAAACAGAGCUAAACAGACUGCAAUUAGAACAAAAGACAACACGGUGUACUAAGAUUGGAUAAAGCUGUGCUCCAGGACCCUUACUCUGUCCACACCGGGGGAUUGGGUCACACUUGGACAUGUUCCUUUCUUUGGGCUUGGAGGGCAGCUUGCAAACACUAACAAGGCUCGACUAUUUCCUUUCUUACUUGACAUGGAGGAAACCACUUCUGCUACUACACACUAACUUAUAACUCAUCAAGUUCACCCAGGGGCUCGUGGCACUAGUCAUUAGUUUGUUCACAUCAUGUACGACUGGCUCACCAUCACCCAAAUCUCCUUCGGAUGGAGGAAUCUAUAGUGAUUGCAGAUCCAUUUAUAGAUAAUAUUUUGAGGGUUUUGCUUUGGGAGAAAUCCUGAUGAUCACGGUAUUUAUGUAGUAUGUACCUGUUUUGUGUUACAAGUCUAACGUUUUCAAUCAGUAGACUCAUGUGUUCAUAAAUAUAAACUGUUCUCUAAGGUUUGUAUUUAACUGAAUACACUCCAACUGGCUGUCUUAGGAAA